AUGGAGUCUUCACCCAUAGCUGCAAUGCAGCCUUCGUCAUUUAUGCCAGCUUGGGCUAGAAAUGAUAUGUAUGCCUCUCACCCACACGCACAUAUGUCAAACGUCACUGCGAAUUCUUUCGGUCCAGGUGCUUUCGACUUUCGGGAUUUGAGCAUGAAGCACUCUGCCAAAGCAGAUUACUUCUUGGUUAAGCCUGUUCGUGGUUCUUCACCUACAGCAAGCUUGGCGGCAGAUUUAUCUCAAAACUUUCACAUUGAUAUGAGCCCCCAAUUACCAACUCCUCGUCGAUCUCUCUUCACAUCGAACCUUUUUGGGACAUUGGAUGGUAGGGAUUGUGCUACUACUCCUCCUUUACCUUCCUCCUCACCAGGUCCACUGAAUGAAAGAAUGGAUAUAUCCCCUCUUCCUCAUAAGCAACCAUAUUUCUCUGCGCAAAUUGAGAUGGCUUCACCUACACCAGCAGGUACACCAGUGGAAGAUACAGCUAUGGGGUCAUCUCCAAUUCGUUCCAGUCUAUUGGACGCCCCAAAACCUUUUGGUGCUGAAAGACGCAAAAAUGGUUUAUUACGACCAUCCCUCUCACGUACCAAGGGUUUCACGACGAACUCCCUUCCUCGACAAAACGCAGACAGUCAAUUGCCUCCCUUCCGCUUCGGUGCUGGAAACAGCAAGUUGUCUACCUCUACGUCAAUGUCAUUGGGCGAAUGUUUCAUGGAAUCACCACCACGAGAACGUCCUGAACGUCCUGCGGCUGGAAUCAUGGCACCACCACCUCGAUUGAGCAGACCAUUCUCAAGUGUGUCAAGCAGAGUCGUCAAUGGAUCACCAAUUGGCAGCCACUCCCGCAGACCUUCCAAUCCGUUAGUUCGGCCUAGGAAACAAUUUCGACGAUCCCUCAGCAUGUUUGAGAGCCCACAAGAUAUUGUCAAGGAAAAGGGAAAUACGUCGAGCAACUUGGAAACCGUCAUGGAUAUUGAUGAAAUACACCAACCAAUCUUACCACACUUUUUCCAAGAAGGUCAGCCUGAUAGCAUUCCUAGAAUUGCCAAGGAGACCUUAUUGGAGAUUCUUGAUGGAAAAUACGAUGAUGAAUAUGACCAACGAAUGAUUGUUGACUGCAGAUUCGAAUAUGAAUACGAGGGUGGACAUAUCGAUGGUGCUGUCAACUAUAAUGACAAAGAAUUAUUGACCAGUCAAUUGUUUGAAGAAAAUAUCCCUGGCAAAACCCUCCUAAUUUUUCAUUGCGAAUACUCCGCACAUCGAGCACCCAUAAUGGCUCGUCACGUACGACAGCAAGAUCGUACUACUAACGUCGAACAAUACCCAAAGCUUUCUUAUCCUGAAGUGUAUAUCCUGGAUGGUGGUUACAGUGCUUUCUUUACAGAACAUCAAGGCCGUUGCUUCCCCCAGAAUUACGUUGAAAUGGAUGCUAAGGAACAUGCUUACACAUGUGAGCGAGAAAUGGGAAGACUUCGACAAAAUAGAACCAAGCUCAGCAGAGCACACACUUAUGCCAUUGGCCAACACGGACAAAUUGAUGAUAGCCCUACUGCACCCAGUCGAUCAAAAUCGAGUGGCAGUAUGUUAACGACAGAAAUGACGAGUUCCCCUAUGAUGAGCUCUCCUAUAUUUUACGACCGAGGCACCCCACGAAGACAAGUCUCAUACUAA